UAAACUUUGUCUUAAAGAAAAUGUCAAGUAGUGAAAAACAACAAAGUCCCUCCUCUUCCACUUUAUUUUCUAAAAAACGCGGCUUAAGUGCUGAAAAGAAGCGUUCUAAAAAAAAUCCUGAACGUAAAAAGGUUAAAAAACCAAAACUUGAGAGUCCACAACAAUCAAUUGUUACUAGCAGCAUUUCAAGUAAGGAUGCUACUGGAGAGAUUAAAUCAAAAAACUCUAAAAGUGUUUUAAAUAAAAAUCAACGAGCUGCUUCUAAUGAUGCCAUUGAAGAAAGGAAAAUGAGUAAAAAAUCUAAGGAUUCUAAUACUGAAGUUGUAGUGUCUGAAACUAUCGGAAAGCCUGUACAAGAAGAAGAAAUGGAAGAAGUUGUUGGAGAUAUCUUGUUACAACAAGAUUUGGUAGCUGAUUCACAAUAUGAUGAAAUAAUCCAACCCUCGUUAACUCCGGAUAUAAAGCAAAUACAUAUCCCAAAAGUUAUUCCUCACGAUUCUAUACAUCCGGUUGUAGCUGAUACUUUUGAGCAUCGUGCUAUUGAUGAGCCAUCUGUUGGCUAUUUGUCAAAUAAUAAUACAGCAGGCGAAAAUGUAAUUCUCAGUCACCAGGUUCGUCAUCAAGUAGCUCUGCCACCUAAUUAUCCCUAUAUUCCCAUUUCUCAACAUGUCCCUCUUGCUGAGUCUGCUCGUAAGUAUCCCUUCGAAUUGGAUCCAUUUCAAAAGGUCGCGAUCUCUUGUAUUGAAAGAAAUGAAUCCAUCUUGGUUAGUGCACAUACGUCAGCUGGUAAAACUGUUGUGGCAGAAUAUGCUAUAGCUCAAGCAUUGAGGGAUAAACAAAGGGUUAUUUACACAAGCCCUAUAAAGGCACUAAGUAAUCAAAAAUUUAGAGAAUUGGAAUCUAAAUUUCAUGACGUAGGUCUAAUGACUGGAGACGUGACAAUCAGACCCGAUGCAAGUUGUUUAGUGAUGACCACAGAGAUUUUACUUCUUAUGCUUUACCGUGGAAACGACCUUAUUAUGCGUGAAGUAUCAUGGGUUAUUUUUGAUGAGAUUCACUAUAUGCGAGAUAAAGUGCGUGGUGUUGUUUGGGAAGAAACAAUUAUUUUGUUACCCCAUCAGGUCCAUUUUGUGUUUUUAUCCGCGACCAUCCCAAAUGCAAUGGAAUUCGCAGAAUGGAUUUGUAAGAUGCACGCUCAGCCAUGCCACGUUGUAUAUACCGAUUUUCGCCCUACUCCACUGCAGCAUUAUAUUCAUCCUAGCGGAAGUAAUGGGAUAUUUGUCAUCCUUGAUGAAAAGGGAAAUUUCAACGAAGAUAGUUUCAGAAAAGCGACCGGCUUAUUACAGCAAAGAAAUUCCGAUAUUGAGUAUAUUAAUACUAAGAAAAAAUCAAAGAGAAAAAAGAACAAUGAAGGGUCAAAAAAAUCCAAAAAGUCGAAAAAAUCCAAAAAGUCAAAGGAAUCAACGGAAUCAGAACAACUCGAUUCCGACGAACCCGUGGAUAUAAAUGAGUCAAAAGAUACAAAGGAAGUAAACGAAUCAAAAGAAGAGAAACCCGGUAAAGAGAUCUCUGAUAUUCGAAAAAUUGUUAGAAUGAUAAUGCAGAACGAUUUUUAUCCAGCUAUUAUUUUUAGUUUUGGAAAGCGAGAAUGUGAAAACAAUGCACUUCAAAUGGGAAAAGUAACUUUAAAUAAUGAGGAGGAACAAGAAUUAGUACAACAAGUAUUUAAAAAUGCAAUUGAAACGCUUUCCGAAGAUGAUCGUAAUUUGCCACAGAUUGAACAUUUGAUACCAUUCUUGAAACGAGGGAUUGCUUUUCAUCAUUCAGGGUUAUUACCAGUAUUGAAAGAAAUAGUCGAACUUCUUUUCCAAGAAGGUCUCAUAAAGAUAUUAUUUGCGACAGAGACUUUUUCAAUGGGAUUAAAUAUGCCAGCUAAAACGGUUGUUUUCACUGACUUAAAAAAAUUUGAUGGAUCGGCUAAUAGAUAUAUCACAUCAGGUGAAUAUAUCCAAAUGUCUGGUCGCGCUGGUAGAAGAGGUAUUGAUGCUAGAGGAAUUAUCAUAAUAAUGGCUAGAGAAAAAAUGGAUCCUACGAUUGUUAAAGGAAUAAUUACGGGCGAAUCAGAUAAUCUUUAUUCUUCUUUCCAUUUGAAGUAUAACAUGAUUCUAAACAUGACCAGAGUUGAAGGUAUUAGUCCCGAAUACAUCCUUCAGCGAAGCUUUUAUCAGUUCCAAAAUACUGCUUGUUUGCCUGUACUUGAAGAAGAACUACUACGAUUGGAUGAGGCUUACGCAUCUUUUGAGAUACCUAACGAAGAAAUUAUCGAAGAAUAUUAUAAUAUUCGAAAACUUUUAGACACAUAUGCUCAUGAUAUGCGUCGGGUUAUUAGUCAUCCGAUUCAUAGUCUGCAAUGGUUAAAACCAGGUCGAUUAGUAUCAAUAAAACAUGCGGAUAUGGAUUUCGGAUGGGGCAUGGUUGUCGCUUAUGGCAAAAGAAAGGAUCCAAGGAAUUUAAACGUUUUAAAUAAAGUAACGUCAGAGCUAUCGACGUCUGAAAUAAAGGAUGAUACAAAUAAAGAAAUUCAAGAACCCCAAAUCUUAUCACCAGAACAAUAUUUUGUUGAUGUUUUACUCAAUUGCGAGCCAAAUUCUAUUGUUGCAAAGUCGGCUGAAGGGAAAACCAUCGGUGUUAGACCAUGCAAAGAGAAUGUAAUGGGAGAAGUUUUGGUUGCUCCCGUUGAAUUAUCUACAAUACAUUCUAUUAGUUCAAUCCGUAUUUUUCCGCCUAAGAUUCUUACGCACAAUAAGAUUAGAAAUAAUUUGUAUGAACAAAUUCAAAAAGUAAAGAAUCAUUUCCCGGAAGGUAUACCGAUCCUGGAUCCGAUAGAAGAUAUGCACAUUCGAGAUGAAGAUUUUGGAAAGUUAAUUAGGAAAAUUGAAAUCCUUGAGGCAAAGCUUUUUGCUAACAAACUCCAUAAAACACCAGAGCUUCCAUUAUUAUAUGAUCAAUACGCUCAGAAAGUUGCUUUAAGUAAUAAAAUAAAAAGUUUAAGAAAAAAGAUCAAUAUAUCUAACUCUAUAUUGCAUCUCGAUGAUCUUAAAUAUCGAAAACGAUUAUUAAGACGACUUAAUUAUUUGACAGAUGAUGAUGUUGUUUCGUUGAAAGGGCGUGUUGCUUGUCAUAUCAAUGCUGGUGAUGAAUUAGUAAUUACCGAAAUGAUUAUGAAUGGUGUCUUUAAUGAUAUGAAUGCAGAGCAAAUAGCUGCUUUAUUAAGCUGUUUUGUAUAUGAAAAUGGUGAUAAAAAACAACAUACACUUAAAGAAGAAUUAUAUGUGCUUUAUCGUAGAUUACAAGAAGUGGCACGUAAUAUAGUUGCUGUUUCUAGUGAGUGUAAAAUAGAUAUGAUAGAAGAAGAAUACCUUGCGACAUUUUGUCCUGACAUGAUGGAGCCUGUAUAUGCAUGGUCUCAAGGAAGAUCAUUUUCUGAAGUCAUGAAAGUUUCCGAUUCCAUGUUCGAAGGACAUGUUAUUAGAACUUUUCGUAUGUUGGAUGAAUUGUUGCGAGGAAUGAUUAAUGCAGCAAAAGAUAUCGGUGAUUUAGAACUAGAAGAAAAGUUUAAAUUAGCUAUUGAAAAGACUAGGCGUGGUAUAGUUUUUGCGGCAUCUUUAUAUACUACUUAAUUAUAUUUAAUAUUAUUCAAAAUUUUUUUUGAGAGCUAUCAUAAUUUAAAGAAAAUAAAUAAUAUUCCUAAAUAAAAUCAAUAGAAUAUUUAUAAUUAUUAAAUAGAUCUUUUAGAUUCAUUUAUCAGGAUUAAGCAAACAAAAACGUAGAUGAUGAUAUAACUAACUUGGGCUUAAUAGUCUUAAUUACCGAUUGUUGGAAUUAUUGUAAUACUAUAGCCGAAAUUUAUGAAGUUUUUGAGAGGUUUUCAGGAAAAAAAUUCUUUAAUGCCAUAUUAAAGAAUAUUUUAUAAUUUAUGAUGUUAAAUUCAUUUCCCUAGCCGGAAUUACAUGUAGUAUUUAUAAUCACGUGGUUCAGAUUCAAAAUGGUAUAUAAUCAAUACUAUUAUUAAAAGUCGUUACUAUAAUAGCUCUGAUUUUAUUGAAAAAAGAAGUGUAAAAUACCCAAUUGCAUUUAAUAAAUGUAAUUUUUUUAUAUAGCCAAU